AUGCCAUCCAGCUCACAUGCCGACAAAUCGAGGCAAACAUCGGCUGGAAAAUCGUUUUUCGGAAGGAAGUUGUACAAAGAGAAACCUGCGGAGGAUCGAUAUGAUACUUACGGGGGUUCUUACGACAACCUGGCUCCCCCUGGGAGUGCCGCUGGCUCACGCUCAUCCCGCUAUUCGAAGCGGUCUUCAAUCCAAUCAGUCGACAUGACCCAUGACUUAGACCCAAGUAGCCUCGCUCCCACGGCCGGUGUUAUUACGUCCAUCCCCUUCGAAAGCCUCCCCUCCGACACUCGCACACCCAUCCCAAUCGACAGCAUGUCCCGCCCGGAUUCCUCGCGUCAUGAACCCUCGCCCAACCACUUGGGUAAAGCUGGGGCGGAUUUCCACCAAUAUCCUACCUGGACCUCGACUUCUGCGCCAAAUGGUUCACCCUCACAUCCCUCUGGCCCGCGUCCUCCCCCGCAUGCUUCAAACACGACCAUGUCAAGUAGCCAGUCGGGCGACCGGGGCGCCAGAUAUCAACAAUGGGGACGGCCAGGUAGUUCAGCAGCGAACAUGGGUCCCAGCCAUAACUCCUCCUCGAUCGAUUCAUCCUCCAACUCCCGCACCUCCCUCGAUCAAACAAGCCUUUAUUCCUCCGUUUCGUCCAAUGCGCGGGGAUCGAACUACUUCGCGUCGGACGGUUCUUCCCGCACCCUCACACCCUCGCAUUCAAGUGAUCGCAAUAUUGGAUUCCCUCCAAGUUCCAGCUCUGGCCGCUUGUCAAAUGCGCCCUCGACCCACCAGAUUUCGCAACCAAUACCGGCCGCUGUACCCCGGCCACAGGAUAACUAUCUCACUCGACCGAGAGACGACCGGAUUGUGGAUCAGCUAUUUCUGGAGUUGAUGCAGAAGAGAGGUUGGCAGAAUCUCCCUGAGCAGGCGAAACGGCAGAUGUUGUCAUACCCCGCUUCAAAGAAAUGGACGCUGGUACACCAAGAUCGCCUUACCGAGCUACAAGGCGAGCAGAAGAGACGGCAGAAUGCCCGACAAACUCAUGGCCAUGAUGGUCUGUCUGGUUUGCUUGAGCGUGCUGAUGAGGAGGGUAGUCCGGAGUGGUAUGUGAAGAAGGUUAUGGAUGAUACUAUUACCUCCAAGCAGCUUGCCAGUUUGAGCGUCAGCUUGCGGACACAACCCAUCAGCUGGGUGAAAGCCUUUGUUGAAGCUCAGGGUCAAGUUGCCCUGACCAAUGUCCUCUUGAAGAUCAACCGCAGGAAAGCAUCUGGUCCUGUGCCAGCGCCACCAACCGGAGACAAGGAUCUUGACCGCGAAUAUGAUAUUGCCAAAUGUUUGAAAGGUCUGAUGAACAACAAAUAUGGUGCAGACGAUGCUCUAGAACACCAAAAUGUCUUGGUUGCCCUUGUCAGCUCGCUAUCAUCCCCCCGUCUGAAUACUAGGAAACUUGUCAGUGAAGUCCUUACCUUCCUCUGUCACUGGGGCGAUGGCCAAGGCCACCAAAAGGUCCUACAAUCCAUGGACAAGGUCAAACACGACCACAAUGAAACUGGCCGCUUUGACGCCUGGAUGCGUAUCGUCGAGGUCACCAUCGAUGGCCGUGGAAAGAUGGGCAGUCUGGUCGGUGCCAGUGAAGAGUACCGCAGCGGUGGUAUCGGCAUGGAGAACCUACUCAUGGAAUACGCCGUCUCAACCAUGAUCCUGAUCAACAUGUUGGUCGAUGGGGCCGAAACCGAUCUGCAGCUACGAUGCCAUAUCCGCGCCCAGUUCACAUCAUGUGGAAUCAAGCGUCUGUUGACGAAGAUGGAGGGAUUCCAAUACGAGGUCAUCGACAAGCAGAUCGAACGGUUCCACGAGAACGAAGCCAUCGAUUAUGAGGAUCUCCUCCAGCGCGAGAACAGCAGCGUUAAGGAUAGCAUCGAGGGCGAAGUCAAGGAUAUGAGCGAUCCCAUGCAAAUUGUUGAUGCUAUUUCGUCCAAGAUUAAUGGCAGUCGGUCUCACGACUACUUCCUGUCGGCUAUGCAGCAUAUGCUUCUGAUCCGGGAGAACUCCGGCGAGGAAGGGUUGCGUAUGUUCCAGCUGGUAGACGCCAUGCUGAGCUACGUUGCUAUGGACCGAAGGCUUCCUGACCUUGACCUACGACAAGGGUUGACCUUCACCGUGCAGAGCCUGUUAGACCGACUGCAUACCGAUGCCGAGGCGAGACGGGUGUAUGAUGAGUCUCUCGAGGCCCGGCAGAUUGCCGAGGCUGCUAUCGCCGAGCGCGAUGAGAUGAGAGCCCAGGUUGAGCUUGGUGCAGAGGGCUUGGUCAAGAAGCUACAGAAGCAGAUUGAAGAGCAGGCUGGCAUUAUCGAGCUGCAACAGCGGCAGAAUGAAUCGUUCAAGGCGGAGGUUGCAGAAGUACAACGGUUGCGUGCGCAGGAAUUGCAGCGCAAUGAGCUGGAAACUAGAGAAUUAUACCUCAUGCUUCGAGAUGCUCAGGAUAUCGCCGCGUCCAAUGCUCGCAAGGCCGCCAACCCCGAAGUGGAGGCUGAUCCUUCCCAGAUGCCCGGUAUCAUGGAUCGGGAACGACUCAUGGAACGUCUGGAGCGUCAGCUCGAGCGGACCAAGACUCAAUUCAAGCUGGAGGGCAAGGUCUGGGGCCAGCAUGGACCAUCGGAUCGCUUACGUGAACUGCGUGAGAAGAUGGAUGGCGAGGGUGAGGACAGCGAUGAAUUCGCUGAAACUACCCGGCGCAACCUGGACCCUGGUUCUCUGGGUUCUGUCUAUCGCAAGCGCAGCCAUGUCCCUGAGAUGGGUGCUCUUGAAGAUGGAGAGGAAAUCUUGGACAACAAUGGCCAGCCGAUUGAUAGGGCUCGUCUUGAUAAUCUAUACCGUCACCGUCUGAACCCCGCCCAAGCUACUGGUUUGCUAGGCGAGCUUGCGUCCAAGGUUUCUAAGUUCGAUGCUGAAGAUGCUGAUGCUACCCCGACUGCACCUGAUGCCGCUGAAGGGCAGCAGCUAUCUGAGAAGGCUCCUGUGGCGGCUCUGCCCCCUCCUCCGCCUCCUGGGGGCAAAAUGGUCCCUCCACCACCUCCUCCCCCUGGGGGCAUGGCUGUUCCUCCUCCCCCUCCAGGUGGCCAGAUGGUCCCUCCUCCACCUCCGCCUCCGGGUGGAGCAGCUGGACUGCCUCCUCCCCCGCCGCCUGGUGGAAAGAUUGGACUGCCCCCUCCGCCUCCUCCGGGUGGUGCUAAGGGUGUUCCUGGACUUCCACCACCACCCCCACCCCCCGGUGGAAAGGUUGGGGCACUACCUCCCCCGCCGCCUCCUCCAGGUGGUGGUGGGAUGGCUCCUCCCCCUCCACCGAUUCCUGGGGCCAAGGGUCUCAUGCCUCCCCCGCCUCCACCGCCCAACGCUCCCUUGGGCUCUGGCUGGCGACCAGCAUACAUGGUUGGAGAUGUUUCGCCAGGUACAACGCUCAUGCCUUCUAUCCGGCCUAAGAAGAAGCUCAAGGCUCUGCAUUGGGACAAGGUUGAUACUCCGCAAGUGACUGUCUGGGCUGCCCACGCACCCACCGCCGAACAGAAGGAAGAGAAGUACACCGAGCUCGCCAAGAAGGGUGUAUUGGACGAAGUCGAACGGCUGUUCAUGGCGAAGGAGACCAAGAUCUUCGGAGCUAGCACCGCCGCAAAGCAGCGCAAAGACAAGAAACAGAUCAUCUCGAACGAUCUAUCCAAGAACUUCCAGAUUGCUUUGGCUAAAUUCUCCCAAUAUCCCGCCGAAGAGGUAACCCGCAUGAUCAUCCACUGUGACAAGGACAUCCUCGACAACAUGGUCGUCAUGGACUUCUUGCAGCGAGAUGAGAUGUGCAAUAUACCCGAGAACGUCGCUAAGCUCAUGGCACCAUAUAGCAUGGACUGGACCGGACCUGGCGCAGCCAGCUCUGACCGUGAACAGGAUCCCAGUGAGAUCACCCGCGAGGAUCAAAUCUAUCUCUACACUGCGUUCGAGCUGAAUCACUACUGGAAAGCGAGAAACAGAGCGCUCGCUCUGACGCGCUCCUAUGAACCGGAGUACGAACAUCUCUCCAGCAAAUUGCAGGAGGUCGCACGAGUCAGCGAGUCAUUGCGUGAUUCCGUGUCUUUGAUGAACGUUCUCGGUUUGAUCCUGGAUAUUGGUAACUUCAUGAACGACGCCAAUAAACAGGCUCAGGGUUUCAAGCUGAGUUCCCUUGCUCGACUGGGCAUGGUCAAGGACGACAAGAACGAGACUACCUUUGCUGAUCUGGUUGAGCGUAUCGUUCGGAAUCAGUACCCUGAGUGGGAAGGGUUCCUUGACGAGAUCAGUGGUGUCAUUGGUCUGCAGAAGAUCAAUGUUGAUCAGCUUCGUACUGAUGCUAUGAAGUACAUCAGCAAUAUUAAGAACGUGCAGGCCAGUCUGGAUGCUGGUAACCUGAGUGACCCGAAGAGAUUCCAUCCCGAGGAUCGCGUCAGUCAGGUUGUUCAGCGGUCUAUGAAGGAUGCUCGACGCAAGGCUGAGCAGCUGCAACUCUACCUUGAUGAGAUGGUCAAGACGUAUGAUGAUAUUAUGGUCUUCUACGGUGAAGACAAUGCGGAUGAGAAUGCUAGACGUGACUUCUUUGCCAAGUUGAGCGCGUUCUUGGUCGAGUGGAAGAAAUCCCGAGAGAAGAAUACCUCCUUGGAAGAAUCAAGGAAACGCACAGAAGCAUCUCUCGCUCGCAAGCGCAUCAACGUCAAUCUUGCCAACAGUGGUCCGCCUGUGGAAACAGCCAAUUCACCCGCUACAAGUGGCGCCAUGGACUCAUUGCUUGAGAAGCUACGUGCCGCAGCACCCCAAGCAAAGGAUCAACGAGACCGUCGCCGCCGUGCUCGUCUCAAGGAGCGCCAUCAGGUCCGUGUGGCCUCUGGCCAGAAACCGCCGUCUGAUAUAAACGACGCUGAAGAAGAAGACGGGGCCGAGAAGCCGGCUGACGGCGAAGGCCGUGUUGAUGCGAAUGGUCACCUCAGCCCUCCAAUCCCCGAAGAGGAAGACGGCAAACAAGAAGCUCAGAUUUCUGAAGGGGAGGAUGUUGCUGAUCGUGCUGCUAGCAUGCUUCUCGGUCUACGGAGUAAUUCCGAUGCAGGCGGCGAGCGCCAAAGAAGGAGGAGAGAGAGCGCCGACGAAGAACGUCGCAAUCGCCGCAUGAGACGCCGCAAUCCUGCAACGAGCGGAAGCAAAGAUAGUGCAGAUGGCGGCCUUCCCACAGUGCAAGAGCCUGCUUCGCCAACGCAGACGGAAUCCGUCGUCACAGAUGAUCCACCCGCAAGCCCACCCGACUCUCAACCCCCGCCUUCAAUUGUCGUCUCAGAGCAGGACGACACAUUAUCACAAGAAAACCCCUCGGAGGAUGCGGACUCCACAAUCUACGCCCUCUCCACCGCACCCGGUAGAGCAGCCAUUGCGGUAGUACGCGUCUCCGGCCCAGCCAGUGUACCAAUAUACAAAGCCCUCUGUCCAAACACAGCCCUCCCAAAACCCCGCCUUGCAGCCCUUCGCACCCUCUACGACCCAACCAAACCCCCAUCCCAAAACACAGUCCUCGACGCUGGCGCCUUAGUCCUCUACUUCCCAAACCCCAAAACAGUAACAGGCGAAGAUGUCCUGGAAUUCCACAUCCACGGCGGCCCCGCAAUCGUCAAAGCAGUCCUAUCGGCAAUCUCCAACACAAACACACCAAACCAUGAAGUCCGCUACGCCGAACCAGGCGAGUUCACCCGUCGCGCAUUCAUGAACGACCGCCUGGGUCUCCCCCAGAUCGAAGCACUAGGCGAUACCCUCUCCGCAGAUACAGAGCAACAGCGCCGACUAGCCGUGCGCGGAUCCAGCGAUGCCCUCCUAAAGCGGUAUGAGGCAUGGCGGCAGCAAUUGCUGUAUGCGCGCGGCGAGUUAGAGGCGCUGAUUGAUUUCUCUGAAGAUCAGCAUUUCGACGAGUCGACUGAAGAGCUGGUUUCUUCUGUUGCGACACAGGUGGGUGCGUUGAGUGUGCAGAUUGGGUUUCAUAUUCGGAAUGCGUCGCGUGGUGAGCUGCUCAGGAAUGGGAUUAAGGUUGCGCUUUUGGGGGCGCCGAAUGCCGGGAAGAGUUCGUUGUUGAACCGCGUUGUUGGGAAGGAGGCUGCUAUUGUUAGUACUGAGCAGGGGACCACUAGGGAUAUCGUUGAUGUUGGGGUUGAUCUUGGUGGGUGGUAUUGUAAGCUUGGUGAUAUGGCAGGGAUUCGUGCCGAGAGUGGGGAUGGGUCUGGUGAGGUUGUUAUUGGUGCUGUUGAGAAGGAGGGUAUUCGCAGAGCUAGGGAGAGAGCUCUGGAGUCUGAUGUGGUUAUUGUGGUGGUUUCGCUGGAAGAAACCGCUGAUGGGGUUCGUCUCUUCGUUGAGCCAGAGGUUCUCGAUGCGGUUAAUGACUGCGUGGAUGCGGGCAAGUGUCUUCUUGUGGCGAUUAACAAGUGUGACAAACUACACCCUGAUCUGAACGGUGGUGUACCACAGUCGUUAUCUAAUACGAUCCACGAGAUCUUCCCAGCAGUACCAGCAGAUCGUGUAUUUGCCAUUUCAUGUGAAGAGGCACAGCGUGGAUCUUCUACUGUCACCACAGACCCCGGCAAUCUACAAGCCUUCCUACGCGGUCUAAUCUCGACAUUCGAACAAAUUGCCUCGCCUCUCGGCAUGGAUGGAGAUGGAAGUAGUCAAUAUGAUCUUUCGUAUUGGGAGGAUUCCCUAGGCGUCACUCAUCGCCAAAGCUCUAAUCUACAAAUCUGCCUCGACCAUCUGGACGACUUCAUGUCCCAAGCUUCUUCCGCCAAAUCCCCCGGCUCACGCAAGAGUCAGAUACCCUCUAUUUACCACGAGUCUGAAAUCGAUAUCGUCACUGCUGCGGAGCACCUGCGCUUUGCGGCGGAUAUGUUGGCCAAGAUCACAGGCAAAGGCGAAAGUGGAGAUGUCGAGGAUGUGUUGGGAGUUGUCUUUGAGAAAUUCUGUGUCGGCAAGUGA